AUGUCCGAGUCAAUUGAGAAGCCUCUUGAAUCGCUUUCCGUGUCUGGAGCUGCUGUGUAUGUCAACGAAGCCACCGGCAUCGAUGGUGCUACCGCCGAUGGGUCGGAAAAGAGCCCUUAUCAGACCGCUGCUUACGCUCUGUAUUCUUCGAAAUCAGAGAACAUUCUGGUGGCCAAGAAACUCGAGGAUGGAACUGUCAGUUACGACAAAAUUACUCCUUCGGCUAUUAAAAAGGCUAGAAAAGGUGCUGAUGGUUUAGCGAAAAAGGCCGAAAAAGCCGCCAAACAGGCUGAGGCCCAGCAAUUGCGCGAUGCUGAAGAGGCCAAGAAAAUCGAGGCUGCCAAGUCCAUUUCUCUUAAACAAGAUCCUACUCUUCCAAAGGCUAAAGUGAUCAAGCUGCGGGUGGCUGAACAACACCGCUUGCAAAGAGUUCAAGUCAAUGGCUGGAUCCAUCGUCUUCGUGUCCAAAAGGGUGUGGCCUUUAUUGUUCUAAGAGACGGCACUGGUUUCUUGCAAUGUGUCCUGUCAGGAGAUCUUGCUAAUGCUUAUCAAACUUCUACUUUAACUCUGGAAUCAACUGUUUCUAUCUAUGGAGUUAUCAAACCAGUUCCUGAAGGACAGUCUGCUCCAGGUGGUCACGAACUGAUUGCUGAUUACUAUGAUAUUGUCGGUUUGGCUCCUUCUGGAGAUGAGGCAUUCACCAACAAAGUCCAAGAGUCUGCUGACCCUUCGAUUCUGCUUGAUCAACGUCAUCUUGCUCUUCGUGGUGAGACUCUUUCUGCUGUUAUGAAGGUCCGUGCUACUUUAUUGCGUGCUGUUCGUGAAGUAUAUGAAGAAGAGGGUCUUUUGGAAGUCACUCCUCCUUGUAUGGUACAAACCCAAGUCGAGGGUGGUUCUACUCUUUUCGGAUUCCAAUACUAUGGCGAAGAAGCUUAUCUCACACAAUCGUCUCAAUUAUACCUUGAGACGUGUGUUCCUGCUUUGGGUGAUGUAUACUGUAUUCAAGAGUCAUUCCGUGCCGAGCGUUCUCACACCCGUCGUCACUUGAGUGAAUACACCCAUAUCGAAGCCGAGCUGGGUUUCUUGUCUUUUGAAGACCUUCUUGACCACAUUGAGAGAGUUAUCAGUAGAACCGUUGCUAAAGUUUUGGCCGACCCAGUUGCCGGCCCACUUGUCAAGCAAUUGAACCCCAACUUCGAGCCUCCUAAGACUCCAUUCAUGAGACUGGAGUAUGUCAAGGCCCUUGACUGGCUUAACGAGCACGGAAUUCCCAAUGAAGACGGUGAGAAGUUUAAAUUUGGCGAUGAUAUUGCCGAAGCUGCUGAACGUAAGAUGACCGAUAUCAUUGGCGUUCCCAUUCUCCUUAACCGAUUCCCCCUGGAAAUCAAGUCCUUUUACAUGAAGAAGUGUGCUGACGACCCACGUGUCACUGAGUCUGUCGAUGUUCUGAUGCCCGGAGUCGGUGAAAUCACCGGUGGUUCGAUGCGUAUCGAUAACCUCGAGGAGCUCCUUGCUGGAUUCAAGCGUGAGGGCAUCAACCCCGAGCCCUACUACUGGUUCUCGGACCAACGCAAAUACGGUUCCUUCCCCCACGGAGGAUACGGUCUCGGCACCGAGCGAAUUCUCGCCUGGCUCUGCGACCGGUUCACCGUCCGUGACUGCUCUCUCUACCCCCGUUUCACGGGCAGAUGCAAGCCUUAG